AUGUUUGUGUCAACAGAGCAGCUUCUGAGCCAGAACUUCUUUGCUUCACAUGUGAUACCACUAACACGGUUCAAGUACAGGGAUCCAUUGCAUGGACGUCUGUCCAAUUUGUCAUCCGGUAUCUUGGUCACCAUUGGUGGAUUCGGUGAUUUUCAGUCCACAGACAAGCAUACAUCGAUGAGUCCCUUCAGCCAGAUCGCUUACUGGAAAUCAUUCUUCCAAGGAGACGGUUACUCCCACGACCAGAUCCCCGACCUCACUGGCAAAGUCGUCAUCGUCACAGGCGCCAACUCGGGGCUCGGAUACGCCACCACUGUCGUCCCUGCCGCCCAUGGAGCUCGAGCUUCCUUUGGCCUGUCGAAACCUGAGUCGACCACAGGAGGUGAUUGA